GUCUGUAUGAAAUGUACCGGAGGUAUUCCCGAAUCCCUUGAACUCUGUUUUACCGUUACGACAAAAUCACGUUUUGCACUCCGAGAGGUCCUCGGUUUUGUUUACAGCGUUGAUAAGUACUGUGUAACCGGUUUUGACUCAGUAUCGUAUACCGAAAAGUGUAUUAUUAUUGCCACUGUAGUAUUAAAAAGUGAAAGAGAGAGGGGGCAGAUAUCGAGAGAGAGAUCCAGCGGAAGGGUUCAUAGCUGGCUGUCGCUGUACAAGGCCCGACACCGCAGGUAGGUAGCGCUCGCCCCGGACGGUGAAGACACGGUUGCACUAUGGCCAACAUUGCUGUACAGAGGAUAAAACGGGAAUUUAAAGAAGUCCUCAAAAGUGAAGAGACAAGUAAAAAUCAGAUUAAAGUGGACCUGGUGGAUGAGAACUUCACAGAACUCAAGGGGGAGAUUGCAGGACCACCCGACACACCUUAUGAAGGUGGUAGAUACCAGCUAGAAAUUAAAAUUCCAGAAACGUAUCCAUUCAAUCCACCAAAGGUACGGUUCAUCACAAAAAUUUGGCAUCCCAACAUCAGCUCAGUAACUGGUGCCAUAUGCCUGGACAUUCUAAAGGACCAGUGGGCGGCGGCUAUGACCCUCCGGACAGUUUUGCUGUCACUACAAGCCCUGCUGGCAGCUGCAGAGCCAGACGACCCGCAGGAUGCCGUUGUAGCCAAUCAGUAUAAACAGAACCCAGAGAUGUUCAAGCAGACCGCACGGCUCUGGUCACACGUUUACGCAGGCGCUCCUGUCUCUAGUCCAGACUACACACGCAAAAUAGACAAACUCUGUGCUAUGGGCUUUGAUAAACUUUUGGCAGACGGCAUUGUCCAGAUCUACUCACAGAAUGACCUGACCUGAGCUGCUGUGACAACAGGAGUUCUUGAUGAGGACUAUCAGUUAACAUGGUGAAGCAAUUACAGUUGAAGUCCAUUUUUGUUCAGCCAAGGCAGGUUUGAUACAGAAGACACACAAGCAAUUAGAUUUAUUUAUAGCAAAUAGAAUAGCUAAAAUAGCUUAAUUUGUAGUAGCAGUUAUUAUACACUUAAUGGCCACUUUAUUACAGUCACCUGGCUUUUCACGAUUGGAGCUUCUCUGUAUGUAAAUUAGACACAUGACCCCUGAAUGCAGCAUAGAUUUAGUGUGGAUCAGUUUCAGUGAGAAUCUGUGUUAGAAUGGGAGAAUUAAGUGGGAGAAUCGAGUGAUUCUGAACUAGGCAUGGUCAUCAGUGCUAGAAUAGCUGGAGACAUUUUUUCGGUGAGAUCAAGAAAAAAACAUCCAACAAAAAGGGACCUUGUGGACAUAAAUGACUCGUCGACGAUGUGAAGAAUCGUUCUGAUGAACAGGUGGUGGACACUAACGUGUCCAAAUGCACAACUUGCCGUUCCUUAGCACAGAUGGGCUAUAACAGCAAACAACCAGUCUGAGUGCCACUGCUAAGGGAAAAUGAAGACUCCAGUGGGCAAAUGAGCACAAAACCUGGAUCACUGAACAGUGGAGAAACAUCACCUGGUCUGAUGAAUCCAGAUUUCUGUUGCACCGUGCUGAUGGGAGGGUCACAAUUUGGCACAAGCCUCGUCUGGGAUGAGGUAGAACCGUCUGUUCAUAGCAUGUCGGCGAGAAUCUGUCCUGUCUGCAUGGGCCAAGCUUCCUGCAGAACAAUUUCAACACCUAGUUUAAUCUGUGUGAUGAGGAAUGGCUGGGGUUCUGAAGCACAAAGGAGGUCCAACAUGCUUGUAGACAGGUGAAUAAUUAAUAAAAAGGCCAUUCAGUGUAAGUUAGCAAGUGCAUUUGCUAGCUUAGAUAUAAUUAUUUAUGAGUGCAGCAUAUAUGGUCAUAUAUGGGACUGCUAACUCUUUGGCAGACCUGCUGCUUUGUCGUACAAGUCUUGUAAGAUUUUAUUUCAAUGUCAAACCAAUUUAGUGGAGUAAAAGCAAGUAGUAGGGAAAUUUAAGUUUUUCAUUAGAUUUUGUUUUUUGCUUGUUUGCUCCAUGGUUGGGUUUUAGGUAGCGGUGGUUAGCCUGGUGGUCGUGUUUGUUUUUAACAAAAGCAUAUUUUCUAGUGUUAUUUACUUUAGCACAGCUUUGGUCAAGAGAAGUUCCUUAUAUGAUGCAUCCUUUUCUUGUAUUGUAGCUCAGUGGUUAAGAUACUUGGCUUGUAAUGGGAAGGUUGCUGGUUCAAGCCCCACCACUGCUA